AUGAAAUUUCUUUGGCUACUGUCUAUUUUGUUUGCUGCAAAUUAUGUUGACAGUGCUAAUUUUCGUGUGGACCCCCUUGUUUUAAUUGAACAAGGAUUAGUAAGAGGUCAAAAAUCUAAAGAUAAUGUAUAUUCCUCUUUCUUAGGCAUACCGUACGCGCGGGUGGAUUCAAGCAACCCUUUUGGGCCAGCACUAUCAGCAGCGCCAUUUGAAGAGCAAAUUUUCGACGCUAACGAUGGUUCAGUGAAAUGUCCCCAGACGCAAGAAGUGUUUGGUGACUCCACCAGAGGAUCGAAAAGAGAGAUCGGUCAAUUGGACUGUCUUCAUCUGAACGUCUAUGUGCCUAUAACAGCAGGCACGCUUAAUCCACUGCCCGUUUUAGUAUGGAUACAUGGGGGAUAUUUUACUUCUGGCAGUGGUGGAGAAUACGACCCACAUGACUUAGUCGAACAAGGGAUCAUCGUCGUUACUAUUAAUUACCGACUAGGGCCUUACGGAUUUAUGUGUUUAGACAUCCCUUCAGUACCAGGCAACCAAGGGCUAAAAGAUCAGUAUACUGCUUUACGUUGGGUAAGAAGAAACAUCCGGGCGUUCGGAGGCAAUCCUUACAAUAUUACAAUUGGGGGUCAAAGUGCUGGUGCCUGUUCAGUUUUACUUCAGCUAUAUUCUGAUAAUGAAAAACUCUUCAACAAAGUUAUCGUAGAGAGUGGCACGCCACAAACUGAAGGCAUGUUUGUAAAUGCAGAUGUAGACGCAGCUUUAAAACUGGCUGGACAUCUUGGAUUUAAUACAUCUGAUACUCACGAAGCAUUAACAUUCCUGGCAGGCACAUCUCCUCAUUUAGUAACAGCGGCGGCAGCAGAAAUCAACUUAGAAUUACGUCCUUGUAAAGAAAAAUCUUUUAGCGGUGUUGAGAACUUUGUUGAAACUGAUCCAUUUUCUUUGUCUAACGAAAAGAAAGUUAGAAAUACUCCUAUACUAAUUGGUCACACAAGCAAAGAAGAAUACGGGUCGUUGAAAAAUUACGGCGAAAGCUAUUUCAAGAAAGAUCCAUUUUACGAAAAGCUUCGUAACAAUUUUAAUCUAAAUGAAGAGCAAUUGACUGAAGCAUCAGACAUAGUAAAGCAUUUUUACAUUGGCGACAGAGCAGUCUCCGCAGACGUAACAUCAGAAUUGGAAAGUUUUGAUUCAGAUUUCAAGUUUAAUCAUCCAACACAGCGAAUGAUUACGAAUUUGCUGAAUGAGAAAGCACAUCCCUUAUAUCAAUACGAAUUUAGCUACGUUGGUGACUCUGCUGGAGAAGCUGGUCAUACAGCAGAACUCCAUUUUCUAUUCCCAGCGUCUAACACAAAUAAUGACGUAAAUGAUAAUGAUCAAUUAAUAAUAAACCGUAUUACCACUCUAUGGGCCAACUUUGUCAAAUAUGGGAAUCCCACACCAAUGACUACCGAAUUAUUGCCUGUUACUUGGGAACCAGUCACCACAAAUACCAGACCAUAUUUGGUGAUCGAUACAGACACAAAAUUAGAUCACAGGAUAUUCAACAGUAGGAUGGCUUUCUGGGACCUCUUCUACUCAUUCUACGGAAAGUUGAAUAAACUUGCCCGAGAAUGUGAUAUCUAA